UUAAAUACCGCGUGGGGUGGCCGGAGGGCUCCGGAGUUGACAGGCUGGUGAGCCGCCCUCUGUGUGCGGUCCCGGGAGGGGACAGCAGAGCCCCGCCACCCCGGACACCCCGGCCAGCCCGGCUCCCACCCUCGAGUGUCUGCGCGGGAUCUGGGGGUGAUACAAGAUGCCUUUGAAUGGUGAGAAGCAGUGUGUGAACGAAGAUCAGCAGAGUGAUUCAGAGUCUUCCCGGUUCUCCGAAAGCAUGGCUUCGCUCAGUGACUAUGAGUGUUCCAGGCAGAGCUUCACCAGCGAUUUCUCCAGCAAAUCCAGCUCUCCUGCCUGUGAGCAACAGGGAGCAAGCAACAAGCCCUCCCAGGGGUGUAAUGUUUGAUGAUGUGAUGGCUGCAGCCAAGAAUUUAUCAGACAUGACUCUCGCUCAUGAAAUAGCUGUAAAUGAGAACUUCCAGUUGAAGCAAAAUGCCCUCCCAGAGAACAGCCUUGCUGGUCAAGUGAAGCGUGUUGUUCACCAGGCUUUCUGGGAUGUCUUGGAAGCAGAUCUCAGUGCUGAGCCUCCCCAGUAUGAAUAUGCCAUCAGACUGUUUGAAGAAAUCAGGGAGAUUCUCCUCUCUUUUCUCAUGCCUGGUGGGAACAGGCUUCACAACCAGAUAUGUGAGGUUUUGGACAUUGACCUCAUUCGAAAGCAGGCUGAGCACAGUGCUGUUGACAUCCAGGGUCUGGCCAACUAUGUCAUCAACACCAUGGGGAAGAUGUGUGCUCCUGUGAGAGAUGAAGACAUCAGAGAGUUGAAGGCUACUACCAACAUCGUAGAGAUGCUGAGACAAAUAUUCCGUGUCUUGGACCUCAUGAGAAUGGACAUGACAAAUUUUGUCAUUAGGAAUAUUAGACCUCACAUUCAACAUCAUUUGGUGGAAUAUGAGAGAAACAAAUUCCAGGAAAUUUUAGAAGAAACUCCAAAUGCCCUCAGUCAGACUACAGAAUGGCUGAAAGAGUCUAUAGAUGAAGAACUCCUUUCUGAGACUGUUGUAUCUCCUGGAACUGAACAGAGUCCCACGGCAAGCCUAAGCCCUCUGUUGGUGCUAAAUAAUUGUUACUUGAAAUUACUUCAGUGGGAUUAUCAGACAAAAGUCUUACCAGAGACACUCGUGACAGAUGGAACACGGCUUCAAGAAGUGACAGAAAAGCUGACUCAAUUGAAAAUGAUAGCCUGCUUGUCCCUAAUUACCAACAACAUGGUGGGUGCUGUCACAGAAGGCCUCCCUGAGCUUGCAAACAGGUUAAAAAGGAUUUCAGCUGUUCUACUCGAAGGCAUGAAUAAAGAGACCUUUAACUUGAAGGAAGCCCUGAAUUCUAUUGGUGUUCAGACUUGUGCUGAAGUUAAUAAGGCCCUGAAAGAGAGAGGCUCGCCCACUUUAAAUGCUGAGGUUCAAGCUAAUCUCAUCGGUCAGUUUUCAACCCUUGGAGAGAAGGACAAUCCUGUCUGUACCUUGAUGGAUAAACGGAUCCGGUUGUACAUGAAAAGCCUGCUUUGUCUUCCAAACACCCAGAAAAGCAUGCCUCCCAUGCCAGGGGGCCUUAGUGUCAUUCAUCAGGAGCUGGAGUUGCUUGGCUGUCAAUACGCAAACAUUGUGAAUCUCAACAAACAGGUGUAUGGACCAUUUUAUGCAAAUAUAUUCCGAAAGCUGCUCUUCCGGGAUGAAACUGUGGGGAAGAUAGAUGCUUCACUUCCAACUAACUAAAGAGAUGGAGAUUGGCAUUUGGUACACUGUCCAUUUCUACCAAUAGCAUUUUAGAUGGCGCACAUUCUCAGUGUUGUCUGUAGAGCAGUGUUAGGCUGAAUCUGUGUACUCUGGUAAUGCUAGCAUCACAGAGGGGCCACACAUCCCACAGUCUCUUUUGUGUAUCAUUUCCAAGUUCAAGGCAGACGCUUUAAUGAAGAUAAGUAAUUUGUAAUGAGUUCUAUCACCAGAAUUAUACUUAACACUGGUGUUUUCUUAAAUAUUUUUAUUGAGUACUUCUAUCUAGCUUGUUCAUUCAGCCUGAAAGGAGUUGUUUUUGUUUAGAUACUUGACUAUGCUACAGUUGCCUGCAGGAUACAAUGUGCAAACACUUAAGAAUGCAUUGAAAAUGAAGGGCAUUCUGCUUCAUAUUUUGUUAAGUGACAAAGUAAAUUUGUAUCUCGAGUCUGGACUUAGCCAAGUACAUUUAUUAGGAUUUUUAACCUUGGCUCUUGGCAUGUUUAUUUAGUUUCUAGUUAAAUGCUCACUUCCACUUUUGAGACUUUCUUAACAUGGUUGUUUUGUAAUAAAAACUUUAUUAAACAACA